GAAUACUAUAAAACAAACACCUCAUCAUUUUUAAGAUGAAAUCUUCAAAUUUUCCUCUUCAAUUUUGUGGCAGCAAAUCUAGUCCCAUUUAGGAUUUUUAGCGCCGCAGCCACAAAAAUUAGUGGUUAAAUGACAAAACACGCCCUAGAUAUUCGGACAACUAAAAAGAUCCCGAGGGUAGUUUCGUCAUUUCCCAUGCCCCCAAGAAAUUAACGGUCCAUUUUCGUCGACCCCUCCCCAUAAAUUCGGCCCUUCAUCUACUCCACUCUCAAUCCCUCUCCACACACAGUAAAUUGAGCUGCCAUUAAUGGCGUUGCAAGUAUACAGUGCGGUGCCAAGGACCUCAAUUGUGCAGAGCUCUUGGCUGCAUGGAGUUGCGGCGAAGCAGAUCUGCGUGGGGAGCGAUUACCCCCAGCUGAUGAAGAUGAAGGAGAGGAGGCUGAGCUUGAGCGUGGGGGUGAGGUGCAGCUUGGAUGUGACUGCGGAGACCGCGGCCGAGGUGGCGGCGGUGGCGGUGGCGGAGGUGGGGAAGGUGACGGAUGUUACUAAGGACACCUUCUGGCCCAUCGUCAAAGCCGCCGGCGAUAAGACUGUCGUUGUUGAUAUGUACACUCAGUGGUGCGGACCGUGUAAGGUAAUCGCGCCAAAAUAUCAGCAGCUGUCUGAAAAAUACGACGAUGUUGUGUUCUUGAAGCUCGACUGCAACGAUGAAAACAGGCCACUUGCAAAAGAGCUAGGGAUCAAGGUGGUUCCUACAUUCAAGAUUUUGAAGGAUAGCAAGAUUGUUAAAGAAGUAACAGGAGCCAAAAUUGACAAUUUAAUUCUUGCAAUCGAUGCUGUAAGAUCCAGUUAGAUUAUUAUUGUUAUUAGAUUGUACUAUAAUGUAACUUGUUAAUAGAUCAAAGACAGCUGCAGUCAUUGAUAAAUGAAUCUACAAUUCUGCCUA